GCGGAGACUGAAAACGUGUCGUUAAAACAACUGUUUUCAUGGAUUACAAUGUGGGUGUUGCAGAAAAUAAAUAUGCUCCAUUAACUAGUGGAAUAUGGGUAUCUUUCAACAAGAUGAUGCUGAGGUAUAGUUAAGUCAUUAGGGAAAGAACUUGACAAAACCAGUUCCUGUAUCAUUUCCUGGCUUAUGAUGAAGUUGCACGAGCUGCACAGAGAGUACGUUUGGCUGCAAGUGGUGCCAUGUUGCGGGGACUUCGUGUCAGUGAUGCAGCACCAGCCUGCCCGGAUCAGACUACAGCUGCAGUUCAAUCCCCUGUCAAGUGUCCACAAUUGGAGACUACCUCCUUUGACACUGACGUGGUUGUACAUUCCGGCCAGAAUAAGAGCAUCAGUGUACGUGUGGCGGACAUUCAGCCAGACCAGAUGGACAAUGUCCUCUGCCUGUUCACGUACAGCUGGGAAGUGAAGUACUCCACAUGGAAAAUCACGUCCUCCAACCUCGAGUGUGAGGCUCUCCAGUUUGAGUUCUCUGACGUCACGUUGCCCAUAGUAACCGCUCAGUUCACCGUGACGAGUGGGAAGAACAGCGUCCCAUUGGAUAAUCCACAAAAUAUCACAGUCCGCAUCUACAAGUGUGGUACCAUGGUAACCAACUGCGGUCAGUGCCUUAGUAUGGACCCGGAAUACGAGUGUGGCUGGUGUGUGGGUGCAAGCCCCACAUGCUCCUUGCAGACUCUCUGCCCUGCAUCUGACUGGCUCGACCGCUCAGCUGUCUGUCCCAACCCUCAGAUACUCGGGGUACGUGUGGCCAUAAUGCAGGAGAUGAUGCCAAUGAUUCACCAUUAGAAGGCAUGAUGGUAACGGUGGCCCAGAACUCUGCUCAACUAGAGUUCUAGCAACAUUCUGACAUGCUCACAAACAACAAAACAUACUACCGGGUUCCAACAAAAAGAUUACGAAAGUUUGAUGAUGAAGACUGAAAGGAACAAAGUGCAAGCAGUCAAACAGAUGAAAGAGUCAGCUAGAGUAAAGAGGAAUGCUGAAGAGCAACAAAUAGAAACCGAUGACUUUGUAGAAGAUUCAUAUGAUUAUGAUAAUGAUGCCGAUUACAUCUCAUCAGAGGAAAGUGACAGUGAUUGUAAAGGCACAGUAUAUCCAGAACGAGACACAGUGAACAUAUACGUUGAGGAAAGUUUAAAUGUCAUACAAGGAGAUGGAGACAAAGAACAGGUUGAAAUAGGAAAAUCCAGUAUCAAACUAGUGAAUGUACAGAAAGAAACCAUACACAUAGCUACCUCAAAGAAUACUAAUGUGUGUAAUUUUAAUUAAUGCUUUUGCAAUGCUUUGCAAUACCUAAAUAUGUAUAAAGCCAAAAUGAAAACCUCAAGGUGCUUUAAAAAAAAAAGAAAAUUAACAUUGUUGAUAAAAAGCUGCCAGCUUUAAUCUCCUGUU